CUCAUUUUCGUCGUAGGUGAGCGAAAAGAUCUCCUUUUUUAACCUCAAAUGGAUUGAGAAUAGAAUUUGGCAGUGGGCAAGAAACCAACAUCCUGGAAGAGAUGGAAACCAGGAACCUGCCGUUUUCCUUUCUUCAAUCCUGCCAGAAAAUGUAGAUUGGUGGUGGUGGGUUCUCAUCCAUUUCCCAGAAAACGAGUGUUUGUUCCUUUUUUUUUCUUCCAAGGAAAUUGUUGGAUGCUGUUGAUAUAGCAUUUCUUGCUACAGACGUGUUUCUUGGGCUUUAAAGAUAUGGGAGCAUGUUGUAGCAAGGGUGCUAAUGGUUCCGGUGAUGAGGGUGUUGUGGUGGAGAAUUCCUUAGAAGAUAGGGAUUAUGAUGUCGUUGAGGAGGAUGAUAAUGUUACCAUUGGAGAUUUUGGGGCUCGGAUGAGAUUACAAGGAGCUUCUAAAUUCAUAUCUAUGUAUACCCAACAAGGAAAAAAGGGGGUUAAUCAGGAUGCCAUGACUGUUUGGGAGGAUUUUGUUGGGAAUAAAGAUAUGACUUUCUGUGGAGUGUUUGAUGGCCAUGGUCCCUAUGGCCACAAGGUUGCCCGCCAUGUACGUGACACUUUACCAUCAAGGCUCUCUUCUGCCAUCAAACUAUCACAGUCUAAUAGCUUCAGAUAUGGUGAUGGAAAUGAUAGCAAUAACACACAUAAAAGUGGCGGUUGCAUAGAAGAUCAUAUUGAUUAUAGUGAGGGAAAUCCGCUUUUGUCUACAUGGGAGGCUGGUCUUGUUAAAUGCUUCAAGGAUAUGGAUGAAGAACUAAGCGUUGAUGCCAGCAUUGAUAGCUACUGCAGUGGUUCUACUGCUGUAACUGUAAUUAAACAGGGAAAUCACUUGAUAAUCUCCCAUUUGGGAGACUCUCGUGCUAUUCUUUGUACCAGAAGCAGUAAAAACCAACUCGAUGCCGUCCAACUCACAGUUGAUUUGAAACCCAAUAUUGCAAGUGAAGCUGAAAGAAUUAAGAAAUCAAAAGGCAGGGUCUUUGCAAUGGAUGAAGAACCGGAAGUUUUUAGAAUAUGGAUGCCUGAUCAAGAUUGUCCUGGUCUAGCCAUGGCCAGGGCCUUUGGAGAUUUCUGCAUGAAAGACUAUGGCCUCAUUUCAGUUCCUGAAGUUUCUUAUAGAAGGCUGACAAAAAAUGAUGAAUUUGUGGUUCUUGCAACUGAUGGGAUUUGGGAUGUCUUAUCGAACUAUGAUGUAAUAAAGAUAGUUGCUUCGGCAAAGAAACGUUCCUUGGCUGCAAAAAUGGUAGUGAAGUAUGCAGUUCGAGCAUGGAAAAAUAAAUCUCCAGGUUCCAGGAUAGACGACUGCGCAGUUGUCUGCUUGUUCCUGAAAAGCAAAACUUUGUUGGCGAGAUCCUUCUCUGAAGUUAGCAGGGUGAGUGCAAAUCACUCAGAACUUGCAGAAAACUACUCAGAAGUGAGCAGCGCAAGUUUACAUCAUUCAGAGAUUGCAGCAGUUCCUGAAAGACCAAGAAAGUGAAAAAUGUUAAAAGAGAACGUGGCCAUAAAUCUGUACAUGCAAAGGCCAGUAUAGGCUCGAAAGAGAGCACUUCUCGCUAGUGUAAAGAAGCAUUUUCAGUUUGCAAAUUCUUUGAGUCAGUGGAAAUCGUCCAAGGAUGAAGGUGAUCCUCCAAAAGCAGAAGUCUUAGAACGCUAACAAUGAGUUUUUACCAAAGAGAAUAUAAGCAACUCAUGGGAUUUUAUGUGUCAUUUGUACAAAUACAAAAAGCCCAAGACACAUGCUUGAUGUCCAUCCCUAAUUAGCCUGCGUGAAUUAAUUUUUCUCUGGAAUAUUAAUGGAGAAAUGCAAUUGAAA